AUGUGGGAGCAGCAGCCACUCUGGGCAGACAGGCGGGGGGAGAGCGAGGGCCCUGCCCUGGAGAUCGGCGGGCCUGGGGGUCUGAGCUGCCCCACGGGCCACCGGUCCUGGGUGACCUGGGAACGAAGACGCACUGGAGGCCUGGGAGGCCCAGGGCCCGGCUCCUCCUUCCGGCAACCGCUGCACACGAACACGCCUCCCUGGUUCCCAGGCCGCGGGGAGGGGACGUGGGACCCUCCGUCCGCGGCCGGGUGGCCGGCCCUGCCCCGGGCUGUCCUGGGGUCGCAGGGCGGCUCGCAUCUGGCUGCACCCCGCCCCCCAUUUCCUUACGCACGCACGGUGGACUCCACAGACCUCCCCGCGGGCUUUGCUGCACACAGCCACUGCCUACUCAGCUCCCCCUCUAAGUUCGGAAUCUCCUUCAGUCUCCACAGCAAGACACUCUCCCCACCACCCAGAGGCGGAGACAGGCUCACAGAGGUCAAAGCGACCAUCACCGUGCGUUAG